AUGUACUCUGAUGCUCUUAAAGAUGAGGAAGAACAACGUAGAAAUGCGUCGCGACUCGGAUUCCAAAUUUAUCAUGACAAAGUGGACAGUAUUCGAAUUGUUGGAGAGCGGCAUUCAGGGACCACGUUUUUGGCGCGAUACCUUCAAAGUUGUUUCCCCAACAUCUCGGUGGAUGAUCAUUUUGUCAACGGAAAGCACUGGUUUCAACCGAGUCCUGAAUAUGUUGUAGAAACAUCCAAUCGAAUCGGCGAAUCCGGUCUCGCUGCAACUGCGAUGAACGAUUACUUUCAUGACAAAACAUGGUGGCAGAUUGCCCAAGCGGAUGAUCCAUCCAGCUACUUCCAAUCAACGCUUGUGGUUGCCUUGUUUCGAAAUCCGUAUGACUGGAUCGAGGGAAUGAGACGCAUCCCUCAUCACUGGCCAAACCAUGUCGAUUUGAUACCGAAAGAUAAAUCCACAUUAGCAGAAGUGGACUACCAGAAGAACAAGCGACAGCGACAACGACACCAAAGACGACUUCUACGCAGAAAGCUGAAAGGGUCCAUUGUUCAAAAGUCUUUUGUCAAGGCUACAAGCCUUGAUUGGAAAGAGUUUGUGAAACGACCAAUGCAUCUUUCGGACUAUGAGGAGAAGGAUAAAGGAAUUCUCUGCCAGAGGGGAUUUCCUUUUGAAAUGGUCUCACCCUGUGAUCCAGAUCACUCCUACGUUCCGGCAAGCAUUCGUCACAUUCCAUCAUCAUUUCUCCGAAAUCUUGCUUUCGAAGUAGAUGAUGCCGUAUAUGAACUCAACAUUAGUGGUCAUCCUUUCAAGAAUCCACUGGAAUUGAGAUCCGCAAAAAUCACAAACAUGCUCAAUUUGGCGAAUGAUUGGAACCUUGGUGCGUUUGGAGCAAUACAAUAUGACGAAAUUCUCGGAGAGCGUCUUACGGAGCUCGUCCAAAAGAUUGGAUCAAUUGUUGGCUUGGAAAACACUUGUUCUUCCAAAAACAGCACAUUUCAAAAGAUACCAUACAAUCAUUCUAGGAGCUUUCGCUCAUGGGUUCGGGAACAUGCAGACUGGAAUGUGGAAGCGAGAGUUGGUUUUUGA